AUGAACUCAACUGAUAUACUUUCUAGACAUCGUAAAAUCGCAGUUGUGGGAGCUAGAAAUGUUGGUAAAAGCUCAAUAACAGUGCAAUACGUGGAAUCACAUUUUGUAGAGUCUUACUAUCCAACGAUUGAAAAUCAGUUUACCAAACAGCUGGUUUUCGGCAAAGCCAACUACACUUUGGAAAUCUGCGAUACCGCGGGACAAGAUGAGUUUUCGCUGAUAAAUACCAAGUCCUUGAUUGGGCUCAAAGGCGUAGCCAUAGUGUACAGUUGCGUGAACCGAGCUAGUUUUGAGAUUGUAGAUUUGAUAAGAGACAAGAUUCUGGACCAACUGGGUUUGGAAAACAUUCCUACGGUGGUUGUGGCUAACAAGAUCGAUCUGCGCGAAAAUCUUGGACCGAACAGUGCUACUGUAACGAAAGCUGAGGGUGCUGCAUUGGCAAAACGAUUGGGUGCAGGAUUCGUGGAAUGUAGCGCGAAAUUGAACGUGGGUGUCAACGACGCUGUGCUGCAGCUUUUGCAACGCUUGGAAGGCCAAGAAUUGAGUGGGUCGAACAAUGAUAACGCUGCAGGAUGCACCGUGAUGUGA